AUUUUUUAAAAUUUCCUCGACGUCACGACGUCGUUCCACAGCUGCCCGACAACUCCCUCCCUGCUGCUGCCCGAUAACUCCCUCCCCCAAAUGAGUUUGAACACACAAUUCAACCUUCAAACCCUAAAUCCCCAACCCCUAAUCCUACCCAACCUUCACCCAAUCCGACGGAAUUCCCUCUCUCUCUCUCUCUCUCCACUUUGUCUUGUACAAAUACAUACGACCGAAUUGGUAAAACUAACUGAAGAAACUUUGACAUCAGCAACCGCAGAAAAUACGUCCUCUAAUAAUAAUCGUUUUCUCUUUGCUGUUUAAAGUAGGGUAGAAGGGUAGAAUUAUGAGAGUGAAAAAGCAGAGGAGGCACAGGAAGAUAGUGCGGUUCUACACAGCAUGCUAUGGGUUGAGACAGCCGUACAAGGUGCUAUGUGAUGUGAAUUUUGUGCAUCACCUCGUCGUCAAUCGCAUUACGCCUGCUGACAAGGCCCUCUCUAAUAUCCUGGGUGCCCCUGUCAUGCUUUUCACCACCAAAUGCGCUAUCAGCGAGUUGAAAAAGCAAGAUCUAAGGCAUGUUCCUUCCCAUUCUCAGGCUCUUGAAGCUGCAGAGAGCCUCAUUACUGCAAGGUGCGAUCAUGAGAGAGCCAUGAGUGCUGAUGAUUGCAUCAUGGAUAUUAUUGGGCAGAAUAAUCCCGAGCACUUCUUUGUUGCUACUCAGCAGGCUGAUCUUCGUGAGAAAAUUCUCAAGAUACCAGGUGUCCCUGCUAUAUAUGCUCUGAGAACCGCUCUUUUUCUUGAGUCACCAUCUGCCGCCCAACGGCAAUUUGUCAAAACUUCUGAAGAACAACGCUUGCAUGUGACUGACUUGGAAUAUAAGAUGUUGACAAAGGGGACAAAGAAUAUGUCGACUUCUCAUCAAGAAAAGGAUUGCUCUGAUGAAGAUGGUUUUGGAGAUCAGAACUUGGAAGUGCAGGCUGUAGCAAAGAAGCAUACUGCUAGGAAAGGAUUGGGUGUGAAGGAUAAAGUUCAGUUUAAGAGAAAGAAGGCAAAGGGUCCAAAUCCCCUUUCGUGUAAGAAGAAGAAGACUUUGAAAAACCCAGAUCUUCAUUCAGUACAGGAAAGGAAGGAUGGAGAUGCUACUUUGAGGAGUCGUAAGAAGCGGAAUAGGUCGCGGAAAGGCAAAAGGCCUGUCGAGGCAGAUGGUUAAUGUUCCUUGGCUAAAAGUUUUGAAAUUUGGCUGGCUUUCACUGGAUGACGGGUUGAAUGAGCACGCUGUACUUUGGUCAAUUUGGAGGGAGAUGAUAUUUUGGGUUAUAUUAGCUUGUUUGUGUCUCCUUCAAA